UCUCAGCAAGGGGAAAAGACAGAGCGGCGUCAUUUUCAUGAGUUUGGGUUCUACCAUGCACCCAUUCGUGAGAAUCACUUAGGAAGUCGGUGCUAGCAUCUGUCUGCUCAUUAAACCCCCACCCCCACCCCCACCUCUUAAUAUUUCUUCCUCGCUGCUCUUUUCUCAGCAACCGAGUUGCAAGAAAACAAACGGUUGAUCAAGAAACCAUGUCAGUAAUUGCUUCCCACACCACCUCUCUCCUCCGGUCACCCCCUUCCCCCGGCAGUCUUCCGGAGAAAAAUCCUCUUCGUCUUUCCACCGCCGUUGUUGCAGGUGUUUUUCUUCCUCGGACUUCACCGGUGAUCACUUCCCUGCAAUAUCAUGCAAUUCCCGGAGGCGGCCGAUACAUAGAUGUGAUUGAGAGUGGUGAGGGAGUGAUGAAGUGGAAGAAGGAUAAUGUGGAGAAUGACAGAGAUAAAAUAUCAGAUAAGAUACGGGAAUUAGUGGGGGUGAUUCGAUCGAUGCUGCGGUCCAUGGAUGACGGGGAGAUAAGCGUGUCGCCCUAUGACACCGCGUGGGUGGCGCUGCUGGAGGAUAUUGGCGGCGGUGGAGUGCCGCAGUUUCCUUCCAGCAUCCACUGGAUUUCCAACAACCAGCACGACGAUGGAUCGUGGGGUGACAGGGACACCUUUACGGCUCAUGACAGAAUCAUCAACACAUUAGCAUGUGUGGUUGCUUUGAAAUCCUGGAAAUUGCACCCUGACAAAACCGAUAAAGGGAUAUCAUUUAUUAGAGAGAACAUUCACAAGCUAGAGGAUGAAAAUGAGGAGCAGAUGCCAAUCGGGUUCGAAGUGGCGCUGCCAUCGCUCAUCGAAAUAGCCAAAAGCCUGGGCAUCCACAUUCCCAAUCAUUCCCCAGCCCUGCAACGCAUACACGCCCGAAGAGACUUGAAGCUCAGAAGGAUACCAUGGGACACAUUGCACAGAGUGCCCACCACUUUACUGCACAGCUUGGAAGGGAUGCCGGGCCUGGAUUGGCAAAAGCUAUUGAACUUACAGUCUGCUGACGGCUCAUUCCUCUUCUCUCCAUCCUCCACUGCCUUUGCUCUCCAGCAGACCAAGAAUGAGAAUUGCCUCAAAUAUCUUGCUGACAUUGUUCAAAAAUUCAAUGGGGGAGUUCCGAAUGUGUACCCUGUGGACUUGUUUGAGCGGCUCUGGGCCGUAGAUCGCUUGCAGAGGCUGGGAAUUUCGCGGUACUUUCAACAUGAAAUUGACGAAUGUAUCGAUUAUGUUCAUAGAUACUGGACGAAUAAAGGGAUCUGUUGGGCAAGAAACUCUAAGGUUCAAGACAUUGACGACACGGCAAUGGGGUUUAGGCUUCUGAGGUUGCAUGGUUACGAUGUUUCUACUGAUGUGUUCAAGCACUUUGAGAAUAGUGGAGAGUUCUUCUGCUUCGUGGGGCAGACCGACCAGGCUGUUACUGGAAUAUACAACUUGUAUCGGGCUUCUCAGGUUAUGUUUCCCGGAGAAGACAUACUUGCAGAUGCAAGAAAGUUCUCGACCAAGUUCUUGCAAGAAAAAAGAGCUAGUAAUGAACUACUUGAUAAAUGGGUUAUCGCCAAAGACCUGCCAGGCGAGGUGGGGUAUGCACUAGAUCUGCCGUGGUACGCGAGUCUACCUCGGCUUGAAACGAGAUUCUUCUUAGAACAGUACGGUGGGGACAACGACGUUUGGAUUGGAAAAACCUUGUACAGAAUGCCGUAUAUUAAUAAUAACACCUAUCUCGAGCUGGCGAAAUUAGACUAUAACAAUUGUCAGGCCCUACAUCAGCACGAGUGGAAAAGUAUUCAAAAAUGGUAUAAAAAUUGUGGGCUCUGGGAGUUUGGGUUGAGUGAAAGAAGCCUUCUUCAAGCUUACUAUGUAGCUGCAGCCAGUAUAUUCGAGCCAGAAAAAUCAACAGAGCGAUUAGCUUGGGCUAAGACCGCGGUUUUAGUGGAGACAAUUGUAUCGUAUUUCGACAGGCAACAACUUUCCAGGGAACAAAAACGAGUCUUUUUUAACGAAUUCAGACAUGACAGCAUUGUCGGGGAUGCAAAUGGAGUACGGCAUAAAACAAGAAAGAGUUUGGCGGGAAUUUUGAUUAGGACUGUGAGUCACCUGUCAUUGGACACACUAUUAGCGCACGGCAAAGACAUCUAUCAAGAAUUGUAUCAUGCGUGGGAAAAGUGGUUGAGAUUAACAUGGGAAGAAGGAUAUGAUGAUAUGGGGCAAGCUAGAGACGCAGAGCUUUUCGUGCAUACCUUGAAUCUAAGCAGCGGAAAAUGCAACAAUAGAGUUUUAGUUGAAUCAGUGUUGUCCCAUCCCAAGUAUCAAGAGCUCCUGCAGGUCACUAGUAGAGUCUGCCACCACCUUCGCCUGUUUCAUAACCGAAAGGUGCAUGAGGGCAAAGGGUGUGUAGGUGACAUGGGAGGAGGCAUCACCACUGUCCAAAUAGAGUCGGACAUGCGAGAACUGGUGAAACUAGUACUGCUCACCCAAUUCUCUGGAGAUUUAGAUUAUAGUAUCAAGCAAAACUUUCUUGUAGUGGCUAAAAGUUUUUAUUACACUGCGUAUUGUAGCCCAGGAAGUAUCAAUUUCCACAUAGCUAAAGUGCUCUUUGAUAGAGUAAUAUGCACAUGAGAUGAACUCAUCGAUCACUCAUCAUAGUGGAAUUGAUUUGAUUCUUUAGUACGAA